AUGCGGCUGUUUGCGUUCGCCCUUGCACUGCCGCUUGUCGAAGCAGGGAGUGACUCCGCGUUGAAAAGUCGCGAGACUGUCGAUUUCGGAGACAACAAUCGGCCCAUCUCGAAGAGUUUCAUCGUGGAAUUCGCGCCAGGCUCAACUCAACGCCGAGACGGUCUCGCGUCGACCGAUGGUGUCAAAGUCGUCAAGACCUUUGACAACAAGGUCUUUACUGGUGCAAGUGUCGAGACGGAGAGCCACACUCUCGACUCUUUGUUGAGCCUUCCUGACGUCGUGAAUGUUUGGCCAAACGUGGCAGUCAAGCUCGACCCUGUGGAAAGCAAGCGUUUGAUCCAGGGCGAGGAUGUAGCGUACACGACGCACAAUGCUACUGGUGUCUCCAAGUUACAAGCACAGGGUAUCUUUGGAAAGGGGGCCAAGGUUGGCGUUGUUGAUACUGGCAUAUGGUACAAACACCCCGACCUCGGCAAUGGCUUUGGAUCUGGAUUCAAAGUCGAAGGAGGCUAUGAUUUCGCCGGUGAUGGAUUAUGGCCGUAUGAGGGCGAAAAGCAACCUGAUGAGGACCCCCUCGAUCAACAGGGUCACGGCUCCCAUGUUGCAGGAAUCGUCGCAGCUAAAGGUGCUGGAUGGUCCGGAGUUGCCCCCGAGGCAACGCUUUACGCCUACAAGAUCUUUUCGCAAUACGGUUUCACAGACACUGCGACGAUUCUUGAAGCGUUUUUCCGCGCCUAUGACGAUGGAGUGGAUAUCAUAACAGCCAGCGUCGGCUCCAAUAUCGGGUGGGCCACAGAGGCCUGGUCGGUCAUUGCAUCUCGAUUCGUAGACGAAGGCAUCGUCACCGUUGUCGCGUCCGGCAACGUUGGCACAGUCGGACCGUUCCUGAGCAGCACCGGCGCGACUGGUAAAAAUGUGCUUGCUGUAGCCUCAGUUGACUCUCAGACGUUCCCUGCUUUUCCGUUCGACGCCACCUUCUCCGGAGUCAAUGGGGGUAGCGAAGAGACGGCGAGAUAUGGAUUCUGUCACGUAACAGGGAUAGUAAUCGCACCUCAUAAAGUGCCCGUCACGUGCUGA